AUGGAAGCAAAUAUAAAAUUUGCUUCUUCUUGCUCUUUUAAUUGUUCUUCUUCUAAUUCUUCUUCUUCUUCUUUGGCUUCUUCUUUUUCUUCUUCUUCUUCUUCUUCUUUUUCUUCUUCUGCUUCUUCUUCUUUGGCUUCUUCUUGCUCUUCAUCAUCUUGCUCUUCUUCUGCUUUUUCUUGUAAUUCUUCUUCUAAUUCUUCUUCUUCUUCUUCUUCUUCUUCUUCUGCAUCAUCCUUUUCCUCUUUUGCAUGCUGUUCAUUAUCUUUCUAUUCAUCUAUCUAUCAUAGUCUCUUCAUUAUCUAUCUAUCUAUCUAUCUAUCUAUCAUAGUCUCUUCAUUAUCUAUCUAUCUGUUUAUUGUAGGCUGUUCAUUAUCUGUCUAUUCAUCUAUCUAUAUAUUAGAGUUUGUUCAUUAUCUAUCCUUCUAUCUAUCUAUCUAUCUAUUAUGGUGUAUUCAUUAA